UCCUUCAGUUAUCUUCCUUCCGGAAUACAGAGAGGAGCCCCAGCAGUCGGCAGCCGUUCAAAAUUCGAAUUCUCCCCCACUUUCCCGUGCCCGAAUCCCUUCUCCAGUCUCCGCUGCCGCCACUCCCACGCCUCGCCUCGCCUUCCUUGUCGCCCAAAAUCUCCCAAUUCGAUCGGAAGCUGCCGAAUCCUCAACCCCCAUGAAGAUCUCCGAGCUCUCCCCCGAGUACCGGCAGCCGCCGCCGCACGCCGGCCUCCUCACCGACCUCAACAGGGUCGUCGCCGACGUCGAGGCGUUCGACACCUCCGAUCCCUCCUCCCCGGAGAAGCUCGCCGCCGAUCUCCGCCGCCUCCUCACCAAGCUCGCCUCCGCCGCCUCGUCUUCCCCCUCGGGCCUCGACGAGGCGUUCAGGCUCAAGGUGUGGAACCUCGGCUUCCGCCUCUGGAACGCGUGCGUCGACCGCGCCAACCACAGCUUCCCCGCGAGGGUCGCGGAGGCGGAGAUCCGGCAGGCGGCGCCGGAGCUCCUCCUCGUCGCUGGCCUCCCCGAAGACAUCCCCAACGCCCGAGCGAAGGCGGCGUCCUUUUUCCACCGCACCGGGCUGAUCUGGCUUGAACUCGGCCGCGCCGACCUCGCCUCCGCCUGCUUCGAGAAGGCCACGCCGCUGGUCUCCGCCGCCGACACGGAAGGGGAUCGGGCCGUCCUGCUGGACCUCAACCUCGCGCGGGCGCGCGCGGCGUCCAGCGCGGGCGAGCAAGCUCUCGCCGUCGCGCUGCUGAGCCGGUCCAAGCCCCUCGCGGCGGCGUCUCCCGAGGGCGUCAAGGCUCUCGCCGAGGAGUACCUCCGCAUCGGCAAGGUCGCUCUCGCCACGAAACCCCCGGAUCCCGCCCUCGACGCGUCCAACCUCUUAACCGAGGCGCUUGAUCUCUGUGAGAAGGCCGCGGCCUCCCCCUCCCGCGCCACUCCGCCGACCCCGGGAUCCACUCCUGCGACUCCGAAUCUCCAAGUGAUCAAGGAUCAAUGCCUCCGCUUCCUCGCCGUCGAGCGUCUCGAAGCCAACGACUACGAGGGCACCCUGCGCUGUAUCAGGGUCUGGAGAGCCUCGCUGGGGCUGGGGGAGGAGCAUCCCAGCAUUGGGUUCAUGGCACUGCGCGCGUGCCUCGGCAGCGGGAACUUGGCGGAGGCCGAGAUGGAGCUCGAGACGCUCAUGGCGAACGCCGAAGCGCCGGACUGUGUGUGCGUGUCGGCGGCUGAGCUGUACCUUGCCAGCAGGGGGGCCGAUGCUGCGUUUAAGGUGCUCGUUGCGCUUGCCGCACGGUGCCGUGCCGGUGCGGCAGCUGCUGCAGCAGUGAGGGUGUUGAAGAAGGUGGUUGAGAAUGCAGGGGGCGGAACUGGGCGUGCAAGAGCGAUCUCUGAGCUCGUGUCGGAUGAGAGGGUGGUAAAGCUGUUCGAUGGCCCUGCUAACACCCACGAGCGUAGCACAAUGCAUGCACUGCUAUGGACCUGUGGCACUGAGCAUUUCCACGCAAAGAACUAUGAGAUCAGUGCGGAUUUGAUUGAGAGAUCGAUGCUUUAUGUUUCCCGUGACGAGGAAAGCAGAUCCCGCCGCGCAAGCUGCUUCCGAGUACUUUGCCUUUGCCAUAUGGCACUUCAGCAUCUCGAUCGUGCCCAGGAGUUUAUCAUUGAGGCCGAAAAGGUUGAACCCAAUAUCCGCUGUGCUUUUCUGAAGUUUAAGAUCCUUCUGCAGAAGAAGGAGGAAGGUGAGGCUAUCAAGCUGCUGAAAACCAUGGUGGGCUAUCUAGACUUCAACCCUGAGUUCCUGACACUCUCAGUUCAUGAAGCUAUUGCCUGCAAGUCUGUCGGUGUGGCUAUUGCUGCAUUGACCUUCCUUCUAGGCCGAUACUCUGCUGGAAAGCCAAUGCCAAUGCCAAUGACAGAGGCUGCUGUCCGCCGGAACCUUAUAGCCCUCUUUCUCCGUGAGCCAGGCUCUGAGGCUGAGAUCCUGAAGUACUCAAGACGUGCCAAGCUACGGAUGGCUGAGCUUGGAAUGGAAGCUAUUUUUGGGAAGGGAACUGUAGGGCUGCGUGAACGGAAUUGGUUUGCAGUCAGUACAUGGAAUAUGGCUGUAAAGAUGGCAAAGGAGAAGAAGCAUGAUUACUGUAGUGAGUUCUUUGAGCUUGCAGCUGAAUUUUUCAGCUCAGGUAAUGGUGAAGAUGAUGCUAACCGUCUCUUGGCUUGCAAAUCAUUGAUCAUGAGUGUCAGUGCCAUGCUCCUUGCUGAGGAGCUAAACAAAUCUCCAUUAUCAGACUCUGACCUUAAAAAGGGCGUUGAGAUGCUCAGCAGAGCUGGCAAGCUAUUACCCUUGACUUUGCCUUCAGCUCCAGUGACCUCUGAUCAAUUGGAGGAUAACAACUUGCUUUUUCUUCAUACCUUCAACUUCUACCAUCUUCUCAACAGGAUGGACACUAGUGCACACCCUCAGCAGCUCCAAUUAGUCAAGAAUUUUGCAGCAUCUAAAGCAUGUACACCAGGUCAUCUUCUCAGACUUGAAGAAAUAGCUUCUCAAGGUACCCAACCAAACCUACAGGUUGCUGAGUUUCUCCUGAAGGCCAGCAUCACUACUGCCCUUGCUUCUCACUCGCCAAACUAUGGGAUAAUCAGCACUGCCCUCAGAAGGCUAGUAGGCGUUGCUGGUCUCCAAGACUUCAGUGGUAGCAUGAGUGAUGCAGUCUAUGACGUAUUUCGACAAGCUUACCAGAUUGUGGUUGGACUUAGAGAUGGUGAAUAUCCAUUUGAGGAAGGGAAGUGGCUUGCAAUGACUGCAUGGAACAAGUCAAAUUUAGCUUUGCGGCUUGGGCAACGUUCAGUUGCUAGAAAAUGGAUGAAGAUGGGAAUAGAUCUUGCUCGGCAUUUUGAGAGCAUGAAGCAGUACGUAUCAGGAAUGGAUGAAUACUUUGAGCAUUUUCAGAAAGUAUCCGGUAAAGAACCUGAUGAAUGUAGCCAGCAAGAUGGGGCACCAAGUAUUAGCUUGUCUGGUAGCGUGUCUCAACCUGGAUUAGUUUAGAUAUUUGCGAAUGCUGGAAAUUCAUGGCUGGAUAUAAAUAGAGCAUUUGUUUGAAUCAUGCAUACAGCAUACCAAUAUUCUUCAUCUGAUUGAUGUGCACUCACACAUUCUUUCACUUGAUGAUGAAAAUUGUGCAUCUUUUCAAUGAUUUGUAGACAAGUAUGUGGAUUAUUUUCUUGGCAGUAUAAAUGUCCACGAAUUUAAGUACGCUCGUGUG